AUGAACAAAAUUAGAGUAAUUUCAAGAAAUAUCGCUUCAAUGAUAUCAAAGUCAUCAUUGAACCAAGUUAAAAGAACCAAAUUUUUUAAGACCCUCACAAAAAACUAAGACUCUAUAUAAUCUGGUUAAGUUAAACUACUGUAGUAAUAAUGUGUUUAAGAGAAACUAAUAAGUCCAAUUGCAGAAUUAUAAAAUAUACAAUAUAAGUUAGUUAAGCAAUCGAUCAGAUAUGGCUUAUCAGAGUUAGUUAAAAUCGAUAGAAGUUAACCAAGGGCUCACAAGAACAUCAAUUAUGCAGGUGAUUAUGAAUCCAAAUUUGUGCUUUCCCAUUUCAUACAUGCAUUAUACUUGAAUAGAAUUGGAGCCAAUGAUUACUACUUUACAUUAGAUGAUUUGAAGACAACUCAAAGCGAAUAUCGACGAACUUGA